AUGUAUGACGAAGAUGAUGCUAAUAAUAAUGACGCUGAACGCCUAUCUCAGUCUCAAAAAUCCUAUGAUCAUUCUUCCUAUUCUCUCCCUUCCAACCAAAAUCGGAACAGCGACAUAAUUAAUAAUAACUAUUUACAUCAACCUCAACAACCAAAUAUAUCGAAAAGUUCCAACAAUAGCAGCAUUGACCCAAGCACUAAUUCUGAAAGAUAUAGUAAAAUAUUUCCGGAUUUAUUCUCAAAUUCUCCAAAUAACUCUUUUAGAAAUUCUAUUUCAAAACGUAGCUCUAAUAUUAUACACCCUCAUCAAACCCCUACCCAGAGAAGAGAUCUCGACUUUGAGGAUUUUAAUCUAAAUAGUGAUCAACACGAACCCUUAAACGCUCAUCGACAUAAAUCUUAUUUUUCAACAUCUCCUCAAUCUUUUUCUUCACAGGAUAUUCCUGAUAAUAAUAAGAGUGAACCCCUAUUUUUAAAAAAGAGAAAAAAAGUAAUCUGCUUGUGUUGUGGAGUUUUAGCUUUAAUAAUAUUUAUCAUGAUUCCUAUCUUUUUGUUUGUGAUUGCUCCUGCCAUCGCUCGAAAUAUUGUUGCUGAAUCAAAAAUAUCAUUCAAUAAUGUAAAAUUAUCUAACAUUUCUGAAGAUAGCUUUUCCUUGUCCUUCACCGGUGCCGUCUCAAAUACUGGUCCGCUCUCGGCAUCCAUAUCAAUUCCUAGUGGUGUUACUAUCUCUUUUAAAAAUGUUACAUUAGGUAGAAUGGCUUUGGACACGAUUAACACCACACCUUUUAAUGGUGCUACUCUUGAAGAUACAGAACUAUUUAAAAUAGUGGACAAGAGUGCUUUUACAACCUUUAGUAAAUUUAUGUUGACUGAAAAAGAAUUUACCUGGCAUUUAGAAGGAAAUUCUAUGAUUAAAGUUUCUGGUUUGACCAUUAACGACAUUGAAUUAUCAAAAGAUGUUACUUUGAAUGGAAUGAAUGAUUUUCCAAAUGUAACUGUUAAUAGUUUUGAUGCACCUUAUGACCAUCCUGAUGGUGGAAUUGCGAUCUUUAUUAUAUCCACGAUAAAUAAUCCUUCCCAAAUUAGUGUUGAAUUAGGUGAUAUAAUGUUUGAUAUUGAUCACAUGAAUCAAACUAUUGGUCAAGUUUUUUCAAAAAAUUUCACUCUUAUGUUGGGUGAUAACAAACUUUCUUUAGAAGGUCGUUUGUUACCUCAAAAUUCACCCGCAGGAGUAGCGGCUGUCAGUGAUUUAUUUUCAAAAUUUAUUACUGGUGAAGAUUCUUUAAUUAAUGUUGUUGCUAAGACGGUUAAACCAAAUAAUUCUGCUGCUCCAAUCUCUUGGCUUCAAGAUGCAUUUAACGGAACUGUGUUGAAUGUAAUUUUUCCAGGAAGCAAAAAUCUUAGCAUUAUUCAUGACGUUUCCAUAAAUUCUUUAGACCUUGUGUUUAAUGUAAUGGAUCAAUACACUCCUCUUGCAUCAUCAUCAUUACUCACCGCUUCCUUUAGUAUUCCAUUUGGAUUUCAACUUUAUGUACAGCAAAUUUCACAGGAAAUUGAAUUAUUUGAUGGUCAAACAGAAUUAGCGACACUUAGUAUCCCAUAUACUCCAGCUUCUGGUGACUCUAAAUCUGGAAAUCUUACUUCAAGUUUUGCUCCAACUCAAUUUAAAGUAAUUCCAGGAUCUGAAGAAAUUUUUAAUGAUUUUGCUAAAAGAUUAACGUUGGAGGAAAGUGUCACACUUAAAAUGAAAGGUAUAGCAAAUGUGAUGUCCAAUACUUCGAUUGGUAAUGUAACGAUUGAAGGAAUAAAAUUCGAUGUCCAAACAACACUUCGAGGAAUUCAAGGUCUUACAUCAUCACCAACAGUAAUCAAUUCUUUAAAAGUUACCGGUGGAUCUAAUGAUCAUAUAAACAUUGAAUUAUCAGUUAGUUUAUCAAAUCCAUCAAACGUUAAAAUCGUUCUUAAUAGUGAUGUCACAUUUGAUUUGAUAUGUAAUGAAACAAGAAUCGGUAAUGUUAUAAUACCAAAUCUUGUACUUGAUCGUGGUGAAAACAACCUUACAGUUCUUGCUCAAUUUUCACCAAAUGGUGACGAAGAACAACAAGUUGGUCGGAAUUUGUUGAAUAAUUUCUUGGCAGGGAAAACAAAUAAUGUAACGAUCAAAGGAAAUAAAAAUUCUACUUCAUUAGAACCUUUACGAAAAGCUUUUGAAACUAUAGAAUUGACAACUGUGAUGCCUGGUCUUGUGACAGAAACUCCAAUAUUAAAGAAGGCAUUUUUCUCAAUUAGAUUUAAUUCAUUGUUUGAUCGAAAAGGGAAGGCUUCAAUUGAAAUAUUUAAUCCGUUAGCCACUGUGAUAAGAUUUUUAAAAAUUGAUGCGAAUGUUAUGGUGAAAGAUGAAUUAAUUGGAAUAAUUAAUCAACAAUUUAAUGAAAGUACUCAAAUUGUGGUUCAAAAUGGUCAAAGUCUGAUAACAAAUGAUAUGGAACUGGACUUGAAAAUUAGUGUUAAAGCUAUAAAGAGUUUAGUGGAUGCUGUACAUGGUGACUUGAAAGUUAAUGUCACAAGUAAUAUUUCAAUUAGUGUUGGUGACGUUAAUGGCGGAUUUGUUACUGAUAUCAAUUACUCACAAAAUGAAGUACCAACAGAACUUAAAAAUAAUAAAACUCGAAAUGAUUUAAUACCAUUUUUUAAUUAUUAA